AAUUGCCCGCCCCUGCUCUAGGUCUUCUUGAAGCCAUGUUUGUGUUCUGUCUAAUAGCUUACACUACCUGUCAGCUGGGGAUCUGUCUCUCUGACAGGUAAAACAAAAAGAAGAAAAACACUUUACUGACUGUAAAUAAGUAUAGAGUAUAUGAUUUAAUUCACAGCACUGGAAAAUAUUCCCGUUAACUUUCUAAAAACUUCCCUGUUUGUUUAACAUUAUUUUCUAUGAACCAAAAUGCUCAUCAAUAAAGAUUCUGUUCAAAACCCACACUCCCAUUGCAUAACAAAAAGCAUGCAACUGUGAGGUUCGUUUCCAUUCACUAGCAACCUCAUCUGUUGCAGACACUGACCAAAAUGAUUCAUUCAUAUAUGUAACAUUUAUUUUUGGUGGAAUGUUGGGCUUAUAAAGAGAGCUGAUACUUCAAAACAGCUCCAGAGAGCUGGAAAUAUUUCAUCUGGGAGGGUACUGAAAAAAACAGUGUUAUUAAAAGGAAGGCAGUAGCGAAGCAAAGCAGAUGGAAACAGCCAAGUAAUUUUGAUCUUUAUGCCUUCCUUCAUUCUUCCUUCAGCUGCAGAUCUCACAUCCCAGUUUACAGUGUUUUUUCCCAACAGAGCAGAGGCUAGUGUUGGUUUCCUUAUUUUGGCUUGGACUCCUCUCCUGUUCCAUCAGGCAAAUUAACACAAACGCCUGGUAUUUCUCAGAUUUCUGCCACAGACAUCAUGGAACAGGAGAUAGGAUCUGUAAAAUCCCAGAGUAAAAAAAAAGAGAACUAUUAUUUUGCACUUCUAUAGUGCUUUCCAAACAAGGAUCUCUCACAUCUUUGAAAGCAGCCAGUACACCAUGGAGAUGGAAGAUUUUGACAACUACACCUAUUUUUAUGAUAACUAUGAGGAAGAUGAGCAGUUCCAGUCCCAUCUCAGUGUCUCACAUAUGGUCUCCCUUUCUUUAUGUAGUGUGGCAUUUCUCCUAGGGGUGCCAGGUAAUGCCAUAGUCAUCUGGUUUAUGGGGUUUAAAUGGAAUAAAUCAGUCUCCACCCUCUGGUUCCUCAAUCUGGCUAUUGCAGACUUCAUCUUUGUUCUUUUCUUGCCUUUCUACAUUAUAUAUGUAGCACUAGGCUUUCACUGGCCCUUUGGGAAGUUGCUCUGCAAAGUUAACUCCUUUAUUGCUUUAUUGAAUAUGUUUGCUAGUGUUUUCUUCCUGACCUUCAUCAGCCUCGAUCGCUAUAUACGCCUGGUCCACCCCACCUUUUCAUGCAAGUAUUGGACCCUUAGGAAUGCUCUCAUUCUUAGCGGGAUUAUUUGGCUCUUGGCUGCUAUUAUUGGUGGCCCGGCCUUGUACUUCAGAGACACGACAAUUCAUAACAACAACACCAUAUGUUACAACAACUUUCACCUCCAUGACAAAGAGCUCAUUGUUAUGAGACAUCAUGUUUUGAUUUGGGUGAGGUUUGUGUGCGGUUAUCUGUUUCCUUUGGUGACCAUGGUCCUUUGUUACUCACUUCUGAUUGUCAAAGUUAAGAGGAGAACCCUACUAACCUCCAGCAGGCUCUUCUGGACCAUGGUUGCGGUAGUUGUAGCUUUUUUUGUUUGCUGGACACCCUACCACAUAUUUAGCAUUCUGGAACUAUCUGCUCACCAUAGCGAACACUUACAUGGCUUGCUUCAGGAUGCCAUUCCCCUCUCAACUGGCCUUGCCUUCAUUAAUAGUUGUCUCAAUCCAAUCCUCUAUGUUUUGAUUAGCAAAAAAUUCCAAGUCCAUGUUAGAGCAACAGUUUCUGAGGCACUAAAGCUUGCGCUGUGGGAAGUGAGCCGCUCGGGAACAGUCAGUGAACAACUGCGAAGCUCAGAGAACACCCACGUGGCUGUGAACUACAGUGAAACUAGGCAGUAAAUGGCUUUUUUCUUUGUUUCACCAGUUAUGAAUUCUUGUUUACUACAGAAUUGCACAUUUAUAUGUAAUGUCAGUGGACUGGUCAAAUUGAUUGCUGGUGCAACUCCACUGAGCUUUUAGAAAUUACUCAUUAGAUGAAGCUCCAGUAAACUUAGGGAUGAAGCUAGCCCAGUGUUUCCUAGCUACUUGCUUAAACACAGCAAAAGUGUAGCUUCAGACAAUGUUCUGCUUAGCUUCUAUAUGUUUGCAUAUAUGACUUUGCACACACACGCUUGCGUUAGUUUUUUGAAAAUAUUUUGCAUUCCAGUUUAACACUUGGAUACAGAAUUAAGCAAUAUAGAGGCUAUGCCAAAGUAAGCAUUUGCAAACAUCAUUGUGUAUGCAAACUGCAAGUGCAAGAAUGUGUGCGUCACAUUUUAUACAAACACAAGCGGAGGACUAUGUAUUAAAUCUGGUCCAUAACUUGGUUAUGUAACAGAUACAGUACUGUAUACAAAUAGGAACAUUUACAAUGUAUAUGGGGCCCUAUAUAUGUAUUUAUACAACAGCACAUAUAUUUACAAAUGCUUCUUUAUAGCAUCAUUCUGAAAUAGAUGUAAAUGAACUAUUUAUAUUUCUAAUACAUCCUUGUUGUGGUCCAAUCUCAUUGGAUCUCAAGAGUUUAGGAGGCUCUCAAAAGCACAUAUAGAUGCUGCAAAACAUGGGAUUAGUAAUUUAAUUGGCAACACUAUAUCAUCUGUCAUUAUGGAACCAACAACUCGGCCUGUAUUAUGGGCCCCGUGUAGCUGAACGUGCCUAAACCAAAAGUAAACGUAAGAAAUACCAUACUGAAUCUAACCAUAGGCUUAUCUAGCCCAGUGUGU